AUGGCUGGCGCUAUAGGGCGCUCAAGCGCGGGAAAGCGCGCGCGCAUAUACAUCGUGAAGCGCGGGAAAGGUACGCGCGCAUGGCGCGCGUUGCGCGGGAAAGCUGCGCCUCAUAUAGAGAUAGCUGCAGGUAGCACACAGAGUGAUGCUACAAGUUCGUGCCAUCCUCAGGACGACGCAGGCAAUAAAGGUAACUACAAGACAAUUGCCCAUUAUGCCAAUUAUCCCAUGGGACACAUUCCUGUGUCCAUGUCCACUUCUUGUUUCCAGUCUGCUCCCUUUUCCCCGUCUGCCCUGUAUUCCCCGACUGCUCCCCUUUCCCUGUCUGCCCAUUUCCUUCUGUUGGACUAUAACCAUAUGUUGGCACAAUUCUCAGAUAUUUUCGACCCAAUCGAGAGCUCUUCAGCGCCAUCAGAGAUCGAAGUUGGUGUUACACAGGAGAUGGCUGAUGACAUUGAAGUGGUCAAAGCCCUAACUUCACGCGAGCGACUUUCAGUCGUGCCAGAGGUGUAUCUAUCGGCACCGCAGUCUCCCGCAGAUUCUUCUGUGAACCUCUACUCCCCUAUGAACUCUGUACCAGAGUCGUGGAUGGUGUCGUCUGCUGUGGAUGUCAGUAGUGUUCAGCUGGACGAUAAUACACCAGAACCAAACACAUCCAAGACUCCUCUUCCCUUCACAGAUACUUUGCAUAUGAUUCUGAUGGGUGUUCCGCGAUGGAGGAAUGCCCUGGUCUGCCUUCGGCUCAAGAUGAAAGUUGCGAUUUGCUGCGGGAAUGUUCAAAAUCCAUUUUUGAUCAUGCAACUAGGUUAUGCUGAACAGAGGAAACAAUUUAUGAACGUGCUCUUCGAGCAGAGUCUGACCGCAGUUAACUUAGUUCAUGAUGACCUAGAAAACGUUGUCUCCCAUGACGGAAUAACCACCAUCACGACAGAUGAAAUGUUAAUAUUGGCCACAAAAUGGAUAGCAGGAUUCAAUUCUGACUUGAAGCGUGUGGCCAAAUUGGCUAUCAUGGACACCAGAUCGGUGUUUGGUUUUGGCCUCAAUGAUACAUCCGCCGCAGACCCAAGUCUCUUAGCGAACAAGUGUGUGGAACUUCUGAGGCGCUUCAUGGUCCCACAGUCUACAUUACUCCCCAUUUCAGUCAAUGGCUUACUGUGGCUUCUGCGAAACAAGAUUGUCAAGUCGCUCGUGUUCUAUAUCAUUUUCCGCCCCAGCUCGACUUCCGGCGCAAGAGUCGUGAUUGGCGAUGAGGAACCAGCUAUCUUCAGAACUGCCCCACUCCUGCCCGUGGAGAUGAUUGCAUAUGUCCUCACUAUUUGGUACAGCACCCUCUUGACUCGGCUCAGUGAGUUGGUCAAGGCGAUGAAGACCUCCGGGCUGCCCGUCAACAUCAUGAUGUCAAUAUUUCCUCCUGUCGCUUUUAUCUAUUCAGAAGCACUAGAGUGCCUGUUGUGGUUGCUUGAACAGACAGAUGACCCAGCAUACCCAGACUUCCUGCAGGUGCUUACGAACUUUUGUGACAUCGAUCAGGAUGAUGUCUGCAGGAUUCGAUUCGUCUCUAUUUUGCAUUUUCAUCUCAGUUAUCGCAUUGCAGCAUCCACCUCUACACCCAGGGGCAGAUCGACCGCAUUCAACGAUUGGACUCACAAGACACAGUGGGCUCACUUAUGCAAACUCUUGGGCGACGACCCCGCAAAUAUCACAUCAAUUCCAGACGUACAGAAGCAUGUUAUAACCUGUUUUAUAGGUUACCUUGUCACCCUCCCUCAAUCUCAGUUGUCAGACAUCCCGCCCGAUCUCUGGGAUCUAGGACCUGACUCAUUCCUGUCAGUCUCAAACGCAAAUAUUCGAGUUUCCUAUGCACAACAACCCAAGCAGCGGCUCUACAUCGUUGAGUCGCUGUCGUCAACUCUGGUGCCCUGGAAACUGGUGGUUCCCGAUGCUAUUACAGCUGUGAUGUGCCUCCGGCAUGACUGGGGCUCGGAUAUCACCAAGAUUGCCUGUAACCUCCUUGAAAAAGUAAUUGCUAUAAAGACAUUGCAGCCAAUCUCAGUUCUGCCUCAUGCUCGGCGCCCACUUACAGAACUCCGUACAUACUUGCUCGGACACGUCCUCUCCCCCAAGGAUCGCAGGCUUCCCUGUUUCAGGCCUGUUUAUGCUGACUAUAUUAUGUACGAACAACACCGUCACAAGUUCAUGAACCAGCCUCGCGCAAGAGCGGCACUUCUUCACGGUGGGCUCAUAUGGCGGCUGGCUUUACACAGUCUUGGUUUUGAUGUCCUCCCCUCCGUUCUCGACGGCAUUUCACGGGAAGCAGUGCCGUUUGGCCUCACGCUGGACAUUAAUGGCCAGACUUAUUUUGACGAUGAGCUGUCGGAAGAGGAGGUGGAUUUUAUGUGUGGGAUGUAUCAUGUGCAUACCAAUGACGGGAAUGUAGAAAUAGUCUCUUGGUGGCCUAGACCCCAUGCCUGGGCUGCAUCGGGACUAAACGUGGGGUUCUGGUCCAGUUGA